AUGGACCCCAAGGAAAGAACAAUCCACAAUAUGUGUAUCCGAGGGAUGGUCUCCAAGAAAAGAACAGUCAACCAUAUGUGUAUCUCAGGGAUGGUCCCCAAGGAAACAACAAUCCACCAUAUGUGUAUCCCAGGAUUGGACCCAGAGGAAAAACAAUCCACCAUAUGUGGAAGGCCCCAAGGAAAGAACAAUCAACCAUAUGUGUAUCUCAGGGAUAGACCCAGAGGAAAAAACAAUCCACCAAAUGUGUACCCCAGGGAUGGUCCCCAAAGAAAGAACAAUCAACCAUAUGUGUACCCCAGGGAUGGUCCCCAAGGAAAGAACAAUCCACCAUAUGUGUAUCCCGGGGAUGGUCCCCAAAGAAAGAACAAUCAACCAUAUGUGUACCCCAGGGAUGUUCCCCAAGGAAAGAACAAUCAACCAUAUGUGUACCCCAGGGAAUGUCCCAAGGAAAGAACAAUCAACCAUAUGUGUACCCCAGGGAUGUUCCCCAAGGAAAGAACAAUCAACCAUAUGUGUACCCCAGGGAAUGUCCCCAAGGAAAGAACAAUCAACCAUAUGUAUACCCCAGGGAUGUUCCCCAAGGAAAAAACAAUCAACCAUAUGUGUACCCCAGGGAUGGUCCCCAAGGAAAGAACAACCGACUAUAUGUGUACCCCAGGGAUGGUUCCCAAGGAAAAAAACAAUCCACCAUAUGUGUAUCCCGGGGAUGGUCCCCAAAGAAAUAACAAUCAACCAUAUGUGUACCCCAGGGAUGGUCCCGAAGGAAAGAACAAUCGACCAUAUGUGUACCUAAGGGAUGGUCCCCAAGGAAAAAACAAACAACCAUAUGUGUUCCCCAGGGAGGGACUCAAAGGAUAA